CCGGGGAACGGCCUGGCCACUCGUAGCCAUGGGGAACUGUCAUACGGUGGGGCCCAACGAGGCGCUGGUGGUGUCUGGUGGCUGCUGUGGCUCCGAUUCUAAACAGUAUGUUCAUGGAGGAUGGGCCUGGGCUUGGUGGUGCAUCUCCGAUACCCAGAAGAUUUCCCUAGAGAUAAUGACGUUACAGCCCACGUGCGAGGACGUAGAGACGGCUGAGGGUGUAGCUUUAACCGUCACGGGUGUGGCGCAGGUGAAAAUCAUGACUGAGAGAGAGCUCCUGGCUGUGGCAUGUGAGCAGUUUCUUGGGAAAAACGCCCAUGAGAUAAAGAAUGUCGUCCUUCAAACCCUGGAGGGUCACUUGCGAUCUAUUCUCGGCACCUUAACAGUGGAGCAGAUCUAUCAGGACAGAGAUCAAUUUGCUAAGCUUGUACGCGAGGUGGCAGCUCCUGAUGUCGGUCGUAUGGGUAUUGAGAUCUUGAGCUUCACCAUCAAGGAUGUCUAUGACAAGGUUGAAUACUUGAGCUCCCUGGGCAAGACACAGACAGCUGUUGUGCGAAGAGAUGCUGAUAUUGGUGUUGCUGAAGCUGAAAGAGAUGCGGGCAUUAGAGAAGCCAUAUGCAAGAGGGAAAUGCUGGAUGUCAAGUAUCUGGCUGAUACCAAAAUUGCAGAUUCCAAGAGAGCGUUUGAACUCCAGAAAGCAGCAUUUAACCAGGAAGUGAACACUAAGAAAGCAGAGUCUCAGCUGGCUUACGAAUUGCAGGCAGCCAAAGAACAGCAGAAGAUUCGCCAGGAAGAGAUUGAGAUUGAAGUGGUGCAGCGUAAAAAGCAGAUUGAUAUCGAGGAGAAGGAAAUUAUACGUACUGAUAAGGAGCUGAUCGCCAUGGUCAGGAGACCAGCAGAAGCUGAGUCAUACAGGAUGCAACAGAUUGCUGAAGGACAGAAGGUGAAACAAGUGCUGACUGCCCAGGCCGAAGCUGAGAAAAUCCGAAAAGUGGGAGAAGCUGAAGCAUUGGUUAUUGAAGCUAUUGGUAAAGCAGAAGCUGAGAGGAUGAAGCUGAAGGCUGGAGCUUACCAGAGUUAUGGAGAGGCUGCUAAAAUGGCCCUUGUUUUGGAGUGCCUGCCUGAGAUCGCUGCCAAAGUUUCUGCUCCUCUGGCCAAGGUGGAAGAGAUUCUCAUUCUUAGUGGUGAUAACAGUAAAAUAACCGGGGAAUUGAACCGCCUGCUCGCAGAAGUCCCUGCUUCUGUUCAAGCACUCACUGGAGUAGAUCUGACUAAGAUCCCUCUGAUACAGAAAGCCACCGGCAUCAUGACAUAAGAUGGACAAGAUGCCCAACCUCUGUUUACUUCAGUGAAAUGCCUUCAAACGUGUCAGAACUUUUACACAGAAAAGACAAUUUCAAUUACAUUUGAACUAUCUGGUGCCUUACAUUUCAGGACCAGAAUAAAAUGCCUCAUAUCAUUUUUUGUGUUUAGUUGUCCUAAGUUGAUUUCUUUUGUUUGGUAGUGACUUGAUUUGUUUCUAUAAAUGCAAUGUUUGCAAGGCAGACUUCUUAAUUUGGCUGGAAUUGCUGCCUCGGUGCCUUCAGGCUUUUCACCCUCUGGUGUAUACUGUCAGUGCUGCCAAAAUGCUGCUUUUCAUUUCUAAAUGCAAGGACUACAGCCGUUUUGAUAUGUAAGCUGUAUAUGGCACUGACCUAUAAUGCCUGCCACUAGAAGCGUUUGUGCGUCUCUUCAUCAAAGCGACCCAUGUAUAAUCACAUCAAAAAGAUCUGGCCUUGGCUACCGCUACUUAGCAUCCUACUGAGAAUCUAUGCAGGUGACUAAAUAUUGUGCUUCAGUAGCUUGAAGUGCUCAUUGUCAGUGCAUUUUGUUAAGUAUAUAUCACUUGUAGCAUGGGCCUAGUCAAACACGAUGACACUGCUUAUUGCUGGUGCUCAUACUCUUUCUCAUGCCUCAAAAGCCUUCACUUCCUGGAAAUACACCUUACUAUUGCCUCUUUAGAUACAUUAGCUAUGUUUUUAUUACGCAGCGUUUUCAAUUUCCCUGAAUUCUCCUUUAAAAGCAUUUAACUUGUGAAAUAGAUGUGCCCUA